CGGCGGCGGGCCGGGCCCGGGCACGAGCGCGGCGCAGCGCGAGCGAGCGGCGGCGGCGGCGCCCGCAGCCCCGGUGCCGCCAUGGUGGAGGCGGCGCCCCCGGGGCCCGGGCCGCUGCGCAGGACCUUCCUGGUGCCCGAGAUCAAGUCGCUGGACCAGUACGAUUUCUCGCGGGCCAAGGCGGCCGCCAGCCUGGCUUGGGUGCUGCGGGCCGCGUUCGGGGGCGCAGAGCAUGUGCCCUCGGAGCUGUGGGAGCCUUUCUACACCGACCAGUACGCGCAGGAGCACGUGAAGCCCCCGGUGACGCGGCUGCUGCUAUCGGCUGAGCUCUACUGCCGGGCCUGGCGCCAGGCGCUGCCUCAGCUCGAGACCCCGCCCAGCCCCGCUGCACUGCUCACCCUGCUGGCGCGGAGGGGCACGGUGCCCGCGCUGCCCGAGCGCCCAGUGCAGGAGGCAGACCUGAGGCACCAGCCCAUCCUCAUGGGAGCCCACUUGGCGGUCAUUGAUGCCCUCAUGGUGGCCUUCGCCUUUGAGUGGACAAAGACGCUGCCUGGUCCCUUAGCCUUGUCCAGUUUGGAGCACAAACUCCUUUUCUGGGUGGACACGACCAUCCGACGGCUGCAGGAAAAGACGGAGCAGGAAGCUGCCCAGAGAGCGUCUCCCGUGGCCCCUGCCGAUGGCGUGGCCCCAGCACAGCCCUCGUGCCCCACACGCUGGUACUGGAAGCUGGUUCCUCACGCAAUUGCCUUCUGUUUGAAGGAGUCGGGGAACAAACCCCCUAUGAUUCGUUACCGGAAGGACCGCGCCGUGGCCCGCCGCGCCCCGUGUUUCCCCGCCGUGACCACACUCCAGGACUUGGCCAGCGGCGCCGCGCUGGCGGCCACCAUCCACUGCUACUGUCCGCAGCUGCUACGGUUGGAGGAGGUGUGUCUGAAGGACCCCAUGUCUGUGGCCGACAGCCUGUACAACCUGCAGCUGGUCCAGGACUUCUGUGCCUCCCGCCUGCCCCGGGGCUGCCCCCUGGCCCUCGAAGACCUGCUCUAUGUGCCCCCACCCCUCAAGGUCAAUCUGGUGGUGCUGCUCGCCGAGAUGUUCAUGUGCUUUGAGGUGCUGAAACCCGACUUCGUGCAGGCCAAGGACCUGCCUGACGGCCAUGCCGCCUCCCCCCGGGCCGUGGACACAUCCAACCCUCAGAACCGCAGCGGGGGCAGUUCUCCAGUCUUCAACUUCCGCCAUCCCCUUCUGACACCUGGUGGCCCCCAGUCUCCCCUCCGUGGAUCCACAGGCUCGCUCAAGUCCUCGCCCUCCAUGUCUCAUGUGGAAACCCUCAGCAAAGUGUGGAACCGGCAGCUCAGCCGUCCCCUCUCCCAGGCCGCGUCCUUCAGCACCCCCUUUGGCCUGGACAGCGACGUCGACGUGGUGAUGGGGGAUCCCGUCCUUCUCCGUUCUGUCAGCUCCGACAGCCUGGGCCCCCCUCGCCCCGCGGCAGCCCGGACCCCCGGCCCGCAGGCCCAGGAGGCGGCAGACCUGCCCAGCAUCGAGGAGGCGCUGCAGAUAAUCCACAGCGCGGAACCCCGGCUGCUCCCCGACGGGGCGGCUGACGGCAGCUUCUACCUCCACUCCCCCGAGGCGCCCUCCAAGCUGCCCCUGGCCUCCCCGUCUGCCUUCGAGAACCUCUCCAAGUCGCUGCCCGACGGGCCCACCAAAGCACCCCUCUACUCGCCCCACCCCCAGAGCCCCGGGAAGGCCACUGGGGAAGGAGCCAAAGCGCCGUUGCCGGCACCCGCCCAGGGGUCCCCGAAGGCGUCGGCAUCCACCGCCAGCAACAGCCCGGAGGUGAAGAUGACCAGCUUCGCCGAGCGCAAGAAGCAGCUGGUGAAGGCCGAGGCCGAGGCCGGAGCGGGGGUCCCCGCCGGCUCCCCGGCAGCCCCGGAGACCCUGAGCUCUGAGAUGAGCGAGCUGGGCGCCCGGCUGGAGGAGAAGCGUCGCGCCAUCGAGGCGCAGAAGCGCCGCAUCGAGGCCAUUUUCGCCAAACACCGCCAGCGCCUGGGCAAGAGCGCGUUCCUGCAGGUGCAGCCGCGCGAGGCAGUCGCCAACUCGGCGGACGCCCCGACAGAGGCCGAGGCGGGUCCCACCCCCGGAGGCGAGCGGGCGGCCGGCGAGGGCCAAGGGGAACCCACGCCAAGACCCAAGGCGGUGACCUUCUCGCCCGAACUGGGCCCGCUGCCCGCCGAGGGCCUGGGGGACUAUAACCGGGCGGUCAGCAAGCUGAGCGCGGCGCUGAGCUCUCUGCAGCGGGACAUGCAACGGCUCACGGACCAGCAGCAGCGGCUCCUGGUCCCCCCCGAAGCCCCGGGCCCUGCGCCGCCCCCAGCAGCCUGGGUCAUCCCGGGCCCCACGCCGUCCUCGUCUUCCUCUGGUCCCAAAGCCGCGUCCCCCAGCCCCGCCCGGCGCGCCCCCGUGCCCAGGCGCACCCCCGGGCCUGGCCCCAGCCCGGCGCCUCGGAGCCCCAAGCACGCGCGGCCAGCCGAGCUGCGCCUGGCGCCGCUGACCCGGGUCCUCACGCCGCCCCACGAUGUGGACAGCCUCCCUCACCUGCGCAAGUUCUCGCCCAGCCAGGUGCCCGUGCAGACGCGCUCCUCCAUCCUCCUGGCCGAGGGGACGCCGCCCGAAGAGCCCCCGGCCCGGCCAGGUCUCAUUGAGAUUCCGCUGGCCAGCCUGGAGGAGCCCUCGGCUGACGAGGAGGGAGACGCGAGUCCCCCGGGUGCUGAGGACUCCCUGGAGGAAGAGGCGUCUUCCGAGGGAGAGCCCCGGGCAGGGCUGGGAUUUUUCUAUAAGGAUGAGGACAAGCCCGAGGAUGAGAUGGCACAGAAGCGGGCCAGCCUGCUGGAGCGGCAGCAGCGCCGGGCGGAGGAGGCGAAGCGGAGGAAGCAGUGGCAGGAAGCGGAGAAGGAACAGCGGCGGGAAGAGGCCCUACGGCUAGCCCAGGAGGAGGUGACUCCCAGUCCCCAGGCGCCCCUGGUCUCUGUGGCCCCCGCUGGCCGGGGCCCUGCCGAGGAGGAGGUGGGGCCCCGGCGGGGCGACUUCACGCGGCUGGAGUACGAGCGCCGGGCCCAGCUGAAGCUCAUGGACGACCUGGACAAGGUGCUGCGGCCGCGAGCCGCGGGGCAGGGCCGGGGCGGACGGAGGGCCCCAAGGCCUCGCUCCGGUUGCUGCGACGACUCUGCCUUGGCCCGAAGCCCAGCCCGUGGCCUGCUGGGCUCUCGGCUCAGCAAAGUCUACUCCCAGUCCACCCUGUCACUUUCCACUGUGGCCAACGAGGCCCCCAACAAUCUUGGGGUGAAGAGGCCCACAUCUCGGGCCCCUUCUCCCUCGGGCCUCAUGUCCCCCAGCCGCCUGCCCGGGAGCCGUGAACGUGACUGGGACAAUGGCAGCAACGCCUCCUCCCCGGCCUCCGUGCCUGAGUACACAGGUCCCCGGCUGUACAAGGAGCCCAGCGCCAAGUCCAACAAGUUCAUCAUCCACAACGCCCUGUCACACUGCUGCCUGGCGGGCAAGGUGAACGAGCCGCAGAAGAACCGGAUUCUCGAGGAAAUUGAGAAGAGUAAGGCCAACCACUUCCUGAUCCUCUUCCGGGACUCGAGCUGCCAGUUCCGGGCCCUCUACACCCUGUCCGGGGAGUCGGAGGAGCUGUCGAGGCUCACGGGCUACGGGCCACGGACGGUCACACCAGCCAUGGUGGAGGGCAUUUACAAGUACAACUCAGACCGCAAGCGCUUCACUCAGAUCCCCGCCAAGACCAUGUCCAUGAGCGUGGACGCCUUCACCAUCCAGGGACACCUCUGGCAGAGCAAGAAGCCGACCACGCCCAAGAAGGGGGGCAGCACCCCCAAGUAGCCUCAUCCCCGGGCAGUCCGCGGGCCGGGCCCCAGGUGCUUCGGUUUCUCCCUGGGUCCUGUCUGUCCCCCUCCCCGCUGUCUGGGUGGGGCUGGAGUCCCCACCCCCUAAUUUGUCCUGUCCUGCUGUGGGGGCUGAGCUGGGAGCUUCAGGGACUCAGGGCUCAGCUCGGUCCCCUGUCUGUCCUCCCCACCCUCUUGAAUAAAAUAAUUUAAAGAGA